AUGGUUUCUCUCGCCUUGUUCGGCUGGGGAACCCAGACCAACUCGGUGAUUGAUCUGAAAGUGCCUGCGGGAGUCUAUCAUUUUGAAUUUAUCAUCUGGAGAACGAUCUGGACCAUUCUAAUUUGUCUGCUUAUCGGAACUAAUAUUGUUCCACCCGAACACACUGGGUUUGUCGAAAAUUUGAUGGAAGUCAUUCGUUCUGGCAAGUCAUCAAUUAUAACCCAUUUCGGAGGAGCCAUGUUGGCUGGUAUUCCAGAUAUGAUAUUCCAAAUAUUCCUAUUUGCGAAUAUUGAUGGAUCUGGACUUGCUAGCACCGUCCCUAUCCAAGUGGGAAGCGACACUGUUUUCGGAGCGAUCCUUACACUGAUCAUCGAUCGCAGAGCCAAACUCCAAUUCUACAUUCCUGGACUUAUCAUCAACUGCAUCGCCAUUCUCCUCAACGCUGUCACCUAUCGAUCCCUUCACAACGAAAAUGUAGCUAGAGACAAGGAAGCUCUUGUUCCACAAAACGAUUAUCACAGCAAAUUCUCUACGACCAAAAUGAUCCUCAUCGCGCUGGCCGGCGCUCUCUGUGGUGUUCCCUUUGGACCGGGAACUGCCCUAGGAGGAAAGGAACCCAAUGCGUUGAAUCCUUAUUCCUUAGCUCUUGUUUUCUGCAUUUCUGGUCUUCUCGCUGCCCCUUUCUGUUCUUACUUGUUAAUGCGCUAUCCUUUCCAAGGAGAGCCUUGUUCGAUGCGUGAUUGGUGGAAUUGCACCUGGAAGCAGCGAUGGCCCGCGAUUUGGGGAGGUCUCAUGUGGGCGAUUGGAACUCUGGGCUAUUCGCUGGCAGCUCCGCAUUUGGGGUAUUCUGUAGCGUUUGUGUUCGGGCAGUCGACGCCGUUCGUCACCUCUCUGUACUCAAUCUUCUAUUUUAAGGAGUUCGCGCAUGCAGGGAAAAAGACGUGGACCUGGGAGAUACUGAUGUUGCUUUCGUUCUCAGUCUCUCUGGGAUUAAUGUGCUGUGCGCAAGAAUGUUUUGUUUGUUCGUACACUUGA